AUGGAUCGUCGUCUUAGGGCUUUCUCUGAUUCUUUCAAUGGAGUCCAAUUAGGGAACCGAGUUUUACCCAUUCUUUCACAUCCGAACAUCAUGGCCCAAUCCCAAUUCGAUAGUAAUACCUUCUUAGAUAAUAAUUAUAGGGAAUUUAAUUACCCUCAACCCGUUCUUACCCCGAAUAAUGUAUCUUCAUACGCAAGUGUGAGCCCUGAGGACGAUUCUCAGGAAGAUUGUGACUUUUCGGAUGUAGUCUUGAAGUACAUAAACCAGAUGCUUAUGGAAGAAGACAUGGAGGACAAGACUUGCAUGCUUCAAGAGUCUUUGGAACUUCAAGCGGCUGAGAAGUCAUUCUAUGAGGUCCUUGGAAAGAAAUAUCCCCCUUCUCCAGAGCUACACCAGGAUUAUGCCAUUCAAUAUGGUGAGAGCCCAGGGGAUAGUUUUUCUGGAACUGAGAGCAACUAUAUCACGAGUACUUGUAACAGUGGUGGCUAUUUCAGUGACAAUACCUUGAUUCAAAGUCCAGAUGGAUAUUUGUCUCAGUUAAAGGGUCUUCCAGCUUAUAGCAUUUCUCAAUCACGUUAUGGCUCUUCAACUAGGGUCAGUAGCCUGGAUGGGCAGGUGGACUCUCCUAGUAGUCUUCAUAUGCCAGAUUUGAAUACCGAGAGCCAAUCUGUUUGGCAGUUCAAGAAGGGAGUUGAGGAGGCUAGGAGAUUUCUUCCUGGUGAGACUAAGUUGGUUGUUAACCUGGAGGCAAAUGGGCUGUCGGCUCAAGUGCCAAAGGUCGGGACCAAUGGUGAAGUUGUCAAGGUGGAGAAAAAGGAUGAAGGAGAAUAUUCUCGUAGUGGAUCAAGGGGAAGGAAGAAUCUGUAUAGGGAGGAUGACGAUGUAGAGGAAUCAAGGAGUAGCAAGCAAGCAGCUGUUUCUACAGAAUCUACUCUGCGGUCAGAGCUGUUCGAUACUGUAUUGCUUUGUAGCACAGGGGAGGGUCGGGAGCGCUUGGAAUCUCUUCGCGAGGCCUUGCAGAAUGGAAUGAGCAAAAGCGUGCCACAGAAUGGGCAAUCCAAAGGAUCAAAUGGAGGGAAAGGUCGUGGUAAGAAACAAACUGGUAAAAAGGAGGUGGUGGAUUUGAGAACCCUCUUAAUCAGUUGUGCACAAGCAGUUGCAGCUGAUGAUCAUAGAAGCGCAAAUGAACUGCUAAAAAAGGUCAGACAGCAUUCUUCUCCUUUUGGAGAUGGGACUCAGAGACUUGCUCAUUGCCUUGCUGAUGGCCUUGAGGCACGCUUGGCUGGUACUGGUAGCCAGAUUUAUAAAGCCCUUGUUAGCAAAAGAACCUCUGCUGCUGAUUUCUUGAAAGCUCACCAUCUAUACCUUGCUGCAUCCCCAUUUAAGAAGAUAUCUAAUUUUGUUUCAAACAAGACAAUAAUGAAUCUAGCACAAAAUGCGACAAGGGUCCAUGUCAUAGAUUUCGGUAUCCUUUAUGGUUUCCAAUGGCCCACCCUUAUUCAACGUAUCUCCUGGAGGGAUGGUGGACCUCCAAGGCUUCGGAUUACUGGAAUCGAAUUUCCCCAACCAGGAUUUCGGCCAGCUGAGCGAGUUGAGGAAACAGGACAUCGUUUGGCAGCUUAUGCUGAGAAGUUCAACGUGCCAUUUGAGUACAAUGCUAUUGCAAAGAACUGGGAUACCAUUAAACUUGAAGAACUCAAGAUUGACAGGGAUGAGGUUCUUGUUGUGAACUUUUUAUAUCGGGGCAAGAACUUGCUUGAUGAAAGUGUGGCUGUGGACAGUCCAAGAAACAGGGUUCUUGAUUUGAUAAGGAGAAUUAAUCCAGACCUUUUCAUCCAUGGAAUUGUUAACGGGGCAGGACCGGGAGAGGAUGUUAUUGAGACAGAGAUCUUUGGCAGGGAGGCAUUAAAUGUUAUAGCUUGUGAAGGAUGGGAGCGGGUGGAAAGGCCAGAAACAUACAAACAAUGGCAAGUCCGUAACUUGAGGGCUGGGUUUGUGCAACUACCUUUAGACCGAGGGCUUGUGAAGAGGGCAGGUGAGAAAGUGAGAUCUGGUUACCACAAGGAUUUUGUCAUUGAUGAAGAUAGUCGCUGGCUGUUGCAGGGAUGGAAGGGACGAACUGUCUAUGCCCUUUCUACUUGGAAACCUGCUUAA